UUUGAAGAUGUCAGCAUGCGUCUUUCAUUGUGCCUGAACCCAUGAAGUUAGGCUGUAGUGUUGUAGUGUGGUACUUUAUCUUAACAGAAGUAGAUAUUGUUUAACCUACCGACUUCUUGUUCUUAUUAGUAACCCCGUGUCUUUCUGGAUUAGCAGGUUAGCAAAGUUAGCAGGGGCAUUCACUGAACUGCGGGCAUCUCCAAUCAUGCAGGAGGACAUAAACACCAUGAUGUCCUGGUUUUCCAGCCCUGUGUACAGCCGCUACUGGCAGCACUACCAGCAGGUGAUGGCCUGGCACCAGAGGCACAGGCGUGCAUACCGAAAGGCCUUUGAGGCUGCCUACGGCCCAGGCUACCAGGAGCCGUACCCCAGCAGCCACCGGCGCUACGCAGACUGGCACGCCACGGAGAGGGACAGCAAAGACGCAGAGGACAGGGACGAGGAGAGCAGCUCAGACAGCGAGAUAGAAUGCGACGUCAGCAACAUGGAGAUCAGCGAGGAGCUCCGGCAGUACUUCGCCCAGACAGAGAAGCACAGAGAGGAGCUGAAGAAGCAGCAGCAGAUGGAGGCUGAGCAGCAUGACAGCUACGUGCCGGCCGACCAGGACUUGCACGCCGUCUCCUGGCGAAGCAGCUCGGCUCCUCCUUCCGAGCGGCCUGGCGAGAGGCGUGGGGCCGAGAUGAAGAAGCUGUACGGCGAAGACGCGGCCAAGAUCCUGGCCAUGGAGGCGGCAAUGCAGCUCACUUUCGACAGAAACUGUGACCUCAAACAGCCCAAGUACUGGCCCGUUAUACCACUGAAGCUGUGACGGCUGCGGGCGGAGCUGUAAACAGUUUGAUUUGGAGGAAAUCCCUGCUCUGAUCUCUCGGUGAGACGACAGCUUUGUCAUGUAAUGAAUGGUGGCUGUCAACACUGCUCAUGUUAGAGCUAAUGGUUUGGGUUAGCCGAGGGUUAGAAGUUAUUUUAAGCACAGAAAAGUUGCAUGAAUUAACUGAAUGUCUGCUUACCCAGACGUGAAUGUCACUGACCUGUCAGCUGCUGCUCCAAAUGGAAACUUGUGAUUUUGAUGCUGCACAUAAUGUUGAAUUUUUUGAAAGUUAUUUUUAACUGAGGACUGAGCCGAGGUACAGUGAAACCGCCCUUGUAGGUGAUGUAAAUACAUUCAAACGUGCUUGCGUGUGUCCCCCUAAUCCAUUUUUUGUUUACCCUCUAGUUUGGUGAUUUUAGAUGCUGCAAUAGCUCCUCUUAUGCCUGUCAACUUGGUUUAACCGCAGAAACAUUUUCAACCCCACUUCCUCUGUUCAAAUUUAGAAGCGUUCCCGCAUGGCUGCUUCUGAUAUUCCACUUUUCAACGCACACGAAGAGUGAUUUGUUGUUGUUACUUCUAAACUGUGCCUCUCUGAUUCUGACGUUUCAUCAGGUUCAAAGCCGUUCAUGUGGUUCCUCAGGAGGAACUAUUCCCUUUUAUGUUGUGCUUUCACCAUCUUGCACUUUUUUUUUUU